CAUUGGCUGGGCUGCGCGCGUCUCGCUGCCAAAUAGGUGGGCCUACCCCGCUGCUGGCAGAGGCUCAAGCGAUGGUUGGGGGAAAGAACGCGGAGAGGACGAGAGACGGCCAGCGACACGCAGAAAGAGGAAGAAAGAGAGGGAGAGUUGGAGAGAAAAAGGGGGGGAAGAGCCGCGGCAGUCGGCUUUGCCAGCGGUCCUGUGCGCGCGUCCAACAUUGAUUCGGCUCGAUUUUUUUUCCCUUUUUUGCGCUCUGCUCUCCCUGGCCCCCCAUCUGUGUGUGUGUGAGUGUGUGUAUGUGUGUGUGCGUGCUUCAGUGUGCGUGUGUGAGUCUUGCGCCAGGCCCGGGGAUCAGAACACACACCACCACUAAUUACAUUUUGCCAAGGAUUUUUUUCCUGCAAGAAUCAAACAUUUUUUUUUAUUUUUUAUUUGCAAAGCGCAAAGGAUUUUUUAAAAGUGCAUUUUGCCAACAAUUUUGAACUUUUUUCUGACAUAAUUACAUUUUUAUUCCAUUUUCCUCAUUUUUGCAACCUAUGGCUUAAUCCAAAAUAAGAGAACAAAAAGAAAAAAAAACUUUGGCUGUGCGUAAUUGCGCGUUCUGCUAAUUAUUUUUCCUGCUCUCACUCAUUUUUUUCAUCUCCACUCUGUGCCAAACCAGCACUUGCUUUACAUUGGGGAGCGCGCGAGGAAAAAAAACUGGUGCAGGAGAUUUUUUUCCACUUCUUUAAACGCUGUGCCAAAUUUAUGAUGAGAGUGCAAAAUGGAUGAAUUUCACCCCUUCAUUGAGGCCCUCCUCCCCCAUGUGCGUGCCUUCUCCUACACCUGGUUCAACCUGCAGGCCCGCAAACGCAAGUACUUCAAGAAGCACGAGAAGAGGAUGACCAAGGAUGAAGAGCGCGCCGUGAAGGAUGAACUCCUGGGAGAGAAGCCAGAGAUCAAGCAGAAGUGGGCCUCGCGCCUGCUGGCCAAGCUCCGCAAGGACAUCCGGCCCGAGUUCCGCGAGGACUUUGUGCUCACCAUCACGGGCAAGAAGCCCCCCUGCUGCGUGCUGUCCAACCCCGACCAGAAGGGCAAGAUCCGCCGCAUCGACUGCCUCCGCCAGGCGGACAAGGUGUGGCGGCUGGACCUGGUGAUGGUCAUCCUGUUUAAGGGCAGCCCCCUGGAGAGCACGGACGGGGAGCGGCUGGUCAAGUCGCCCCAGUGCUCCAACCACGGCCUGUGCGUGCAGCCGCAUCACAUCGGGGUGACGGUCAAAGAGCUGGAUCUCUACCUUGCCUACUUCGUCCACACGCCAGAACAAUCAGGACAAUCAGACAACUCUAACCAGCAAGGAGACACAGAUGUCAAACCCCCAGCGAACGGCCACUUGAGUUUCCAGGACUGCUUUGUGACUUCAGGCGUGUGGAACGUGGCCGAGCUGGUCCGAGUGUCGCAGACUCCAGUUGCCACAGCAACCGGACCCAAUUUCUCCCUGGCAGACCUGGACAGCCCCGGCUACUACAACAUCAACCAGGUGGCUCUGGGCCGGCGCUCCAUCACCUCCACCCCUUCCACCAGGACUGAAAUGGAGCUUUAUGCAAGUCUCCCACGGAGCUCCACCAAGCGCAAGUCCAUUGACGACAGUGAAAUGGAAAGCCCCGUGGAUGAUGUCUUCUACUCAGGCCGUUCCCCGGCGGCGGGCAGCAGCUCUCAGUCCAGCGGCUGGCCCAAUGAUGUGGAUGCAGUGCAGCACCAUUUGGCCAGUGUGCAGGAGAGGAAGAUUAAGCAUGAGAGCGAUGGAGUGCAGUUUCCUUACCAUGGACUCUCGUCGCCUGGUUCUCAUAAGAAGCCGGGGAAAUUCGAUUUCAGCGCCCUGUCCUCCCAGACGCGGCCCCCCCGCAUGGCGUUCACCCACCACCCACUGCCAAUGCUGGCGGGAGUUAGACCAGGGAGUCCUCGUGCUUCAGCCUCAGCCUUGCACUUCCCGUCUCCCUCCAUCAUCCAGCAGUCCAGCCCCUACUUCACCCACCCCACCAUCCGCUACCACCACCAGGAUCCCCUGAAGGAAUUCGUGCAGUUCGUCUGUACUGACGGCUCGGGGCAGGCCGGCGGACAGCCAAACGGGAGCGGCCAGAGCAAAAUGCCAGGCUCCUUCUUGCUGCCUCCACCUCCCCCAGUGGCCCGCCCAGUGCCCCUCCCCAUGCCCGACUCUAAACCCAACAGCACGCCCCCUGACGGCGGACUCUCCUCGCCCGCAUCUCCGUCAUACUCCACGCCAGGCGCCACAGCUCCCAACAGGUUUGUCGGCAUCGGAACACGGGACAACAACUUUCUGAACAUCCCGCAGCAGACACAGUCUUGGUUCCUCUGACAAGAUCUGUGCUCCAACCAGCAAGUAGAAUGCUUUCGUUACAAUCAGAAAUGAAAAAAAAGGAGAAAAAAAAGAAACACAGAAACCACCCUACAGGAUGACAUGAAAUGUCCUCCAACGACCCGCCCUGACUGUCCGCCUCACCCGUCUCACACAACCAGGCAGCAAAUCCCAGCAGCACGCCGCUUCUGGUGGAGCCGCUGGUCUGCAGGGUCAGGGGGGAGGAGCCACGAUGAGGAGAAAGACGCACGGAUGGAGAGACGAGUGGAAGGACAGGGAUGCUGAGGGAAAAGUGGCAAAGCGGGUCUCCUCUAACCAGCAUAACCAGCGAGAGGAACGAGAGGAUGCUCCACUUUUCCUUCUUUGAAAGGAUGCAUUGUUUGGCCAGGGAAUCAGCAAGUUAAAAAAACCCGUCAGUAUUGAAACCACAGUCACACAAAACGAUUGGAAACCUCCAAGAUCUGCCGGAGAAAUUCCAAUUGGCCGACGUUUCCGGACUCCCGCCCUACUACUAAAGAGACCAUGCCAAAACAUAUCUAUGAUGAGAGGUUGCACUACAAGCUGAAUCAGUUAACACUAAUCGUAUCGAUGUGCACUAUUUACCUACGAGGCAUGGCAGGUAAACGCCUGAAGGUCCGAGAAGCCUUCACAUGUCCUCCUCUGAGGAUCCUUCGAAAGCUCCCAUCACAUUAGAGGUUCGGCCCCCGUGUUGUGGCAUUUCCACUGAGUGGUCCAGUUUGGGUCAGAAGGGGGCGCUCCACUGUCACAAGUGUUUAGUGUGUUUUCGUGCUGUUACUGCAGUGGAGUGCAUUCAAAAAAGUUCAACUAUUUCUGUUUUGAGUUUUUUUGAAAGUUUUUUUUUGUAAAAAAAAAAAAAGAAGAAAAAAGCAGACAAUUUCAAAUUAACUGCCCACCACCAGGGGGCAGAACGGUACACAUUUGCCCAUUUAAAAACCGAACUGUACCACUCAGUACUAACAUGCCCUAGAAAUACACAAACAUGCAUCAGCUUUCCCCUUCUGUAAUCUUCAUCGACACAGGCUGACUUUUUCUUUCUUUUUUUUGUUCUUUGUGUUUAACUCUUAUUUGAAUUUACUCCUGUACUAUUUUGUAAUUGUUUUGCAUUUGUAUGAUAGCACCUUAAAGAGAAAAAGCAGCAGCGGUCAACCCAGAUAUGGUAGAACUCACAAACCCUCUUUGGUUUUUUGUCUAUUUUGGUGUAUUUUUGCCACAUAAAAAGUGAAUCACAGCAACAUUUCAAGAGGAAAAAGUCAAAGAGAUUUGUAUAACCAGAAAAAAAUCUACAUUUGGUUCCAUCCACUCGCACAGAUCUGAUUGGCUCAUCGUUUGAUCAUAAAAGAAGCCUUCCACCAAGUGAAGAUUGUAAGGCACCAUUUCACAACCAGGAGAUAUCAUAACUAAAAACUGCAUUUUAAAACUUCUACAUUUGAAAUUUUUGACUAAAACUUCAAAGCUAAUUUUAAAUUCAUAACAUUGACCAGUGUGUCCUCCUCUAACCACGGCCCAAUAAAUGACUGACAAAAGCAGCUUCA